AUGAGCAAAGUGGACGUCGCAUACCUUCUUUUACAGAUGCAUCCACUUCAGGGUCUAGGGUCUCUCAACCGACUGCAACAUCUCAAGAUAGAGGAAGACGUGGAAGGGGGUCGAAGGGCAAUAACUGCACUAAUUGGGUGGUAUAAAACUCUCCCUCACGUGCAAAUCACGUGCACGCCAACGCCCAAAAGAACCCUAGCCUCUUCCAACUUCAGCGUCGUCUCCCUCGACGGAUCGAAGCGCCUCUGCCACAUCCGCGACAAGAUGCACAAGAAGGUCUGGAUCUCUGUCGGGGACAUCAUCCUCGUCGGCCUCCGUGACUACCAGGACGACAAGGCGGACAUCAUCUUCAAGUAUAUGUCUGACGAGGCCCGUCUCCUUAAGGCCUACGGUGAGCUCCCUGAGAACAUCCGCCUCAACGAGGGCAUCGGAGGGCUCGACGAGGAGGACGAGGGCGGUGCCGAUGACUACAUCAAAUUCGAGGAUGAAGAUAUCGACAAGAUCUAA